GCAGGGUGACGCACUCCUUCGCCUUCGGCGACGGCCGUGUCACCGUCACCGCGGAAGGCCCUCUGGGGACCUUCGCUCAGGAGCUGCCGCUGGACGGCGCCCCCUGCGACACCGUGCAGCUGUGGGACGGCGCCUCGGUCAAGGCGGCGGCCCGCAUCAGCGGCGACUGCCUCGUGGUGGCCACCGCCCUUGCCACGUUCAGGCGCAGGGUUCUGGACGGCAGGCUCGUCAUGGAGGUGAGCACCAGGAGCGCCUCGGCCUCGCAGGUGUUCUCCCGCCGGAGCGGCGGCGUGCCCGAGAGCGAGGGGCGGGGCCACGCCGAAGGCGAGGCCACGCCGCCGCCGGAGAGCAGCCUCGUCGCCGCCGAGCCGCGCGGUGAUCUUGGAGCGGCGACCCUGCUCACGUCGUCGGGAGCAGCACCGCGGGCCGCGAAGGCGAUCCCCGCCGCAGGCGGGUCAGACCGAUGA